AACGUCACUUCCGCUUCCGCCCGUGCCGGAAGUGCCGCCAGUCUCGCCGCCAUGGCCUCAAGGUUACUGCGGGUGAGCGCGGCCCUGCGGCUCCUGCCCGCGGCCUCUGCCCGCGCCGCGCCCGCCCGCCACCUCGGCGUGCCCGGGAACCUGGCCAGCGAUGAGGAGCAGGCGACCGGGAUGGAGCGGAAGGUGAUGGAGGCCAUGAACAAGGGCCUGGACCCGUACAGCAUGUUCCGGCCCAAGCGCUACGCGGGCACCAGGGAGGAUCCCAACCUCGUGCCCUCCGUGUCCAGCAAGCGCAUCGUGGGCUGCGUCUGUGAAGAGGACAACAGCUACGUGGUUUGGUUCUGGCUGCACAAGGGCGAGGCCCAGCGCUGCCCCUCCUGCGGCGCCCACUACAAACUGAUCCCCCACGAGCUGCCCCACUGAGGGGCUGGGGGACCCCCACCCCCAAACUGAUCCCCCACGAGCUGCCCCACUGAGGGGCUGGGGGACCCCUCCCUGCCCUCCCUGGGCUCUGUUGCCCCCCUGGAUCCCCCCAUAAAGAGGUUGUGUGGAGA